CUCACCAUGAUGCAUGUCUCGCAACAAAAGUCAUUCCAUUGUCGCCACUCACCGUCCGUUCGCAUCUCUCACGUCCACCCAUAACUCCCAAUCCCUCAAAAACAAACACAUCCAUCGCGUUCGACGCAACAUCCCUCAAACAGCAAGAGAGGUGGCCUUCUUCGGCGUCGCCACUUCCCUCAUCUUCACUUUCGAGAGCUGUCGCCGGGCCGCGGCGAGGGGCUCAAACACCUCGUUGAUGUAAUCCUCGAGCCCUUGCCCUUUUCGAGGAAGCGGGCACUGCCACUUCCCCUCUGCAACCUCAUUCGCCUCAGACUGCCACUCCCCCUCUGCCCGCCCAUUCGCCUGAGGUGGUGGUUGCCCGAGUCGAAGCUUAGGCCUCUCGCGGAUCUCUCCCGGCGGCACUCGCUGGACGGGGUGGACCUUGCGGGCCGGGCUGGUUCGCUGGGCUGGUGCAAUGAUGGGUCCCUCCGGCGACGGUGCUGGGCGAGAGGGCUGGCGGGUGGACGUGUGUGGUGAGUGAUGCCGGAAGGCGUUGAGGCUCUUCGACUUCAGCAGCCUCAACGAGUCACGGAUCUUCUUGAUGUCCUUGUGCGCCGUGCUGCCAGUCGCCUCAGGCGCCCUCUCCUCGCCCACGGGUGCUGUCAUGCUGUAGUUGACCGUGAUGUUGGUCUCAGCACCCUGUGCGCCCUCCUUCUCCCCAUUCUUAGGGCCAUCGACCACGAUCAUGGGGCCCGCUGGUGAUUGCCCUCUCUUCUUCGCCACCUUGGCUGCGGCAUUGGGACCCCGCGAUGGCAGCGGAGCCAUGCAUCCCGGAGGGACGCGACGCAGGUGGCUCAGAGGGGGCUUUGUGGAGAGAGAAGCGCUGUGGGUCUUUUUGGGAGCGGGCGAGGGGUGCCGGGAGCCGGAUGGGUUAUCUUUCGACGGCGUGGCUCGGUUGCGAGACGUCUGCUGGGGACGGGCUGGGUGGCGGGGCGGCUUAGCCGCGGCUUUGGGUGCACAACUCGGCUUGGUAGGUGGCUGUGUGGGCUCAUCCGAUGGGUCUGUGUACGGCGGGGGUGGUGAUCCUGCCUGCUUGGGAAGGGGCUGCUGGGACGUCUGCGCCGGCUCGUGCCGCUCAACAAUGAGCCUGUUCAAUCUGGCCUUGACGUCCGCAGUCCUUGCCGUAAUAAGCCGGAGCAUCUCGCAGCUCGACAACUCCUCAGAGCUGCACCAAGAGAUAAAGACACAGUAUAGGCCCCAACGGAGAUCGAUCCUUCCUCCCUUGUCUUGUUCGUACCAUUCGUCGGCCAUUGGUCCGCACGGUAUGGGGGUCGACUCUGCGGCCCUCUCGUGAUCCCCCCUUGCUGCCGUCUCUGCCGCUUCCACCUCCCUCUUCCAGUCGGCUGCCUCCCGCUCCAUCAGCGCCUCGAAGUCAGCAGCAUCCCUCUCCCACGCCUCCCGCUCUCUCUUGAACUCCUCGUGCUGCAUCUGGGACAGGAUGUUGCGUUUGAUGGCGUCUCGCCCGCCCUUGACAUCCAGCCACUCAGGGUCACGAACGUGCUCGAAAUGGCAGAUUGGCCGGCCAACGAUGGGCUUCUCGCCGAGCCCAGGGUAGUACCGCUGGUUGGUGCCGUACUUGUCUUUCAUCGGUCGACUCUUGUCUCUGACGCCAUUGGGGAGGUGUUGGUUGCUGGUCUCGCUGACGUUAUUGUCCUGAGGUGGCGACAGCUGGGCUGGCGGAGGGGGGAAUGGGCCCGAUGUGGGCUCCUGGGACGGCUCGGCCCGUGUGGGGCUGGUGGCUGACUCCUUGUAUGGCUGCUGCUGCUUGGAGACCCAGAAUGAGGGGCCGCCAUACUUGGCUACAAGCGCAUUGAGAUCAGCCUGAACGGAAAGACAACGAGGGUAAGGAUGACGUGAGAACAGACAGCUCUCUCUCUCUGUCUCUGUGUGUGUGUGUGUGUGUGUGUGGAGGUUGCUGUUGUUUACUGACCCGCUCGCUGUCACUGACUGGCUUUGGCUGAGGCUUCAGGGAGGAAAACAAGCCCUUGUUCGCCUCCAGCCAGGCGUUGAAGGCCUUGGAGUUGAGGUACUGCGGGUUGUACCUGUCCAGGGGGACGGGCUCGCCGUCCGCCAGACCUUGACACGCCACGGUCAACGAAUGCUGCACACUCAACAGAGAGACAUCAGUUCAUUUUGCAGUCCUGGUCGGCAUCCGUCUGUGUGCGUCUGUGUGCGCGCUCACCCCUUUGAACAUGAAUCGGAUGUCUUUGGGUGUGUACUUGUCCCCCUCACUUGGCUGGAAUCCCCAGUCACUCCAGUCCUUCCCCUCCCGCUGCCGCCGGUGGGGUGGUUGUUGUUGUCCCUCGUUGCGAAGGGAAGUGUCGGGGUCCCGUGGCGGGUACGGAAGAAGGCAGUAGGGCGACGGGUUGGUUGGGGAGUCGCAGCCAGCGCGAGCAUACAGCUUGUUGGUGGAGUAUCCGUUCGAGAAGCGGUAGCUGGUGGGGUCGGGCAUGUAUGUCGGUGUCGGCCUGCUGAAGCCAGUGGUGGUGCGUGUGCGCGGUGCAGGGGGGAAGUCGUUGCCAUUGGCGGGCGAUCGGCCUUGAGAGGGCGGCUGGGGUUUGGCCUGUCGCUGCAGCUGCUGCAGGGACGUCACCUGCGCCUCAAGCCUCCCACCCGCGUCCUCAGCUAUAGGUGAGUACAUGUCCUGAAUGGUGCACAGCACAUGCACAUCAGCAGAGGCACGGACCGUGUUGCGGAAGGCUCGCUCACCGGCACACGAUUGAAUGGUUCUCGCUGCCCGUUCUGCACCUCAUCUGAAGGACUCCUCUCUAGUGAAGCACAGACACAGAGAGCCCAUUGCACUAUCCGUCCGCCUCGUCACGUCCUUCCCACCUCCUUGCUCACCAUGUGACAAUGAAUGUGACGCCCUGUGGCUCGUCCUGAGCUGCGUCUCCCGAGGCCGCGCUGCCGGGUGCGUUGGGGGGAGCGGUGGUCUGGACUUGCAGGCCCUGGGUGGCUGGGCAACGGACGGGGCUGCCUUCGUAUUAAGGGACUUCACGCCCUCGAUUUGACCUGACAGUCAAGCAGACAGAGACAUCAACAUGGUGCCGUGCAUGUGGUCUUGUGUGACCAUUUUCGUCACCUACCAUGGUGGGCGAGGGAUUCCACGUGAGCACGGUCCUCUUGCUCUUGUCGCCGCGGGCGUGGGAUCGACAUUUUCAGACGUGGACGUCCCUCCUUGGACGGCGCCUCGGGCCUCUUCUCAUCUUUUCUUGCCCGCUCGUGCUGCUGAAGUGCUCUGAGCUUCUCCUCAGUUCGGCGACACGCGUUAAUCUCCUGCGCAAGCUGCCGAAUCGCCGUCGCUGUAUCGUCUCCAUGAGUGGAUGUUUGGAUGGCGACGGUCUCGGAUGUCCUUCGGGGGGGUGUCGGGGCGGACGGUGGCUGUGGGCGAGGGGGCUCGGCCGUCUGCACGGCUGUCUCUUGCAUAUCUGGGUGCGGGGGCUGCCGGUCGAUCCAUUCACGCAGUGCCUCGCCGAUCCUCUCCUCCUGUAGGGCCUCCCUGUCCUCCUCCCUCUGCCCCUCAUCGGCUGUCACCGAGGCGUCUUGAACCACCCUGACGUGUCGUGACUGGUCGUGGUUGCAGACCUCGGGAUGGACGUAUGCCGAUGUGUCGAGCCACGCGGCUGCUGCUGGGGCGGGAAGCUUCUUUACCUGACUGCCCAACUCCCUGGGUCGAUGCUCCUGCCUUGGGCGGAAGUGAGUGGGUGCAGGCCACUCAGCGGGCGACGUCUUCACAAUCCUCGGCCGCUGCACGUCUGCGUAGGGAUAGCGCUGGAGGGCAGCGUCAGGGACGGUGGCAUGGCGGGCAUCGUCGAUGACGAGCAGAGGCGGCGAGUUCGGCUCAUUGUCGAGCUGGACCUGCAGCGCCACGUCGCGCCGGGGUCUCGCUGCCACCUGCCCGGCAGCCCACACCAGCCGAGGGCUGCCGAAGGCCAACUGUGUCUCCAAACCUUCCACGUUGCGAUCGACAGAGGGCGAGCACUGCACCGCCCUGUCCACGUGGACCACUCGUGCCUGUUGGCUCGUCUCCUCGUGUGUCUCCUCGGGCAGCGCCACCGGGUCUGCAGGCUUGAGAGGGGGCGGGGGCGGGAGGGGCAUCGCGCCCGGUGGACGUAUGAGUGGCUCCAAGCUCUUCAGAGCAGCACGAGAGGUGGCCUUCUUCGGCGGCGCCACUCCCCUCAUCUUCACUGACGAGAGCUGUCGCCGGGCCGCGGCGAGGGGCUCAAACACCUCGUUGAUGUAAUCCUCGAGCGCUUGCCCUUUUCGAAUGGGCGGGCACUGCCACUCCCCCUCUGCCGCCUCAUUCGCCUCACACUGCCACUUCCCCUCUGCCGCCUCAUUCGCCUCGGGUGGUGGUUGCCCGAGUCGAAGCUUAGGCCUCUCGCGGAUCUCGCCCGGCGGCACUCGCUGGACGGGGUGGACCUUGCGGGCUGGGCUGGUUGGCUGGGCUGGUGCAAUGAUGGGGCCCUCCGGCGACGGUGCUGGGCGAGAGGGCUGGCGGCUGGGUGGUAGAAUCUGGUGGCGAGACGGCCUGCCCUUCGUCGUCACGCCGCGGGGAUUCUCCAUGUUCUCUGUACAGGACAUGCACAUUGCAUAACAUCAUCUAAUCGGUGGCCUGUGCGCCGUCCAUGCGUCUCCACGCUCACCUGCUUCGCUCGUCCGCAUGCGGCGUGUCCGCCUUUGCAAAUCAAAAAAAUACGCAUGUUGUUGCAAAUCUCCUUGGAAGUGUGGCCGCAUCGUGCGCUCGACUUCGCACAACAGCCUCUUUUUCACUGUGGGGAAACGCGAGCUGGGGGGCGUCUUCCGGCUUGGCCGUCUUCCGCUCGCAAGCUCGCUAUUUCGAAAAAGAGCUGGCUGCCGUGCGUGCCGAUCAAAC